UAUACUUCCGCAUACUUUUAUAUUUUAACAUGGUAUCAGAGCCUCACUUUUCUUCUGUAUUUUUUCUUUGAGCAAUUUUAUCUGUCAAAUGGCUAUUGGUGAGGACACUCCCUCUCCUAAAAUGGAUUACACAUCUCCUUUCUUCCUAGGACCUCAAGAUAAACCUGGAGAUUUUAUUACCCCAGUUCGUCUUACUGGAAAUAAUUACGAAGACUGGUCAACUUCUGUCCGACUUGCUCUUCGUGCUAGACGUAAAUUUGGUUUCAUCAACGGUGUCAUCAAGGAGCCCUCACCUCCCUAUACGGAAGAAGAUUGGUUGACCAUACAUUCAAUGUUAGUUUCAUGGAUUGUAAAUACCAUCUCGCCGGAGGUGUGGGCUUACGAAGAAAUUCCUGAAGUUGGUAACAACUUUGCAAAGAAAGUGGCUAAUCAUGAAGUGCCUUUGCUAAAUUGGACUGCUGCACGCAAAUUUCAUUACUCAAAGCUUAGACGACUGGUCUUGCCAGAGGAGGUGAAGGUUGAUGAUUCAGAGGAGGGAGAGGAAGAAGAUGAAAGAAUCCAGGAAGACGUUCGCAUUUUUGAAAAACAAAGAAUAUUGAAAGAGAUGCGGGACCUACGGCUGUGAAAGAGAUGCGGGACCUACGACUGAGUGGAGGACGACAACCUACCUACAUUAACAGCGCCCGCUCCAUUUGAAAAUUUGGAAUGGGAUGGACACGAUGUUGGUAGUGCACCGGUAGAUGUUGACGAUGUUGAACUUUUGAGCGGGAAAGAAGUGAAAAAGAGAAAACGGUCUCGUUCAAAGUACCAAUGCUCACCAUAUGUUGAACCGAUUGUCUCAAUUCUGCCUGCUCUGUUUCACCCAACUGUUGCAGAUAUUGCAUCUCUGAAGGCUUGGAUAGAAGAAGCUGACAAUGUUGAACCGUCAAUGGUUGUUCUGAAUCUGCCAUCAUGUGAUGAAGUGGACAGGGACUUUUUCCGUAAGCUUGUUGAACCAGACGAGACAUUAUGGUCCUAUCAUAUGGAUGCUCUUUCGUACCUGGUUCUAAAAGAUUGUAAGUCGGAGAAGCCGUAUAAGCUAAUGAAUCCUUACUUUACGCAUCAAGUCUUGAGUAAGGAUGAUAAGGAUGAGGAUGUUUGGUUUGCUGAUAGGUGUCUACCAAGUGUUGACUGGAGAGGGUUGGAAAAAGUGUUCGUACCGCUAAAUGUUGUAGGUAUGCAUUGGGUUUUAGCGGAAAUUGACCUUCAAUCAAAAGUGGUGCGUGUGUAUGACUCAAUGAAAACAAGUAGGUCAAGGUUGCAUGCCUCAAAGUUAUGCGUGAGACUUCCGCUCCUCUUCCGAGUCAUACAAGUCCACCCAGAUGUGCGUGAGGCAAAGCAAUGGAAUGCUGAGGCAGUGGCAGAUGUACCGCAACAGGAGGGAGGAACUGUUUGUGGACUCAUGGUAAUUUCUUAUACGGAGGCACUGAUGUUGGGACUACCCUUGAGCCCACAUUGCGAGUAUGCGAACGUGGCCAGAAAGAGAUGGCACUUUGCCCUGCGACUUUGGAAUUUGAGGAAGACAGUUUCUUAGACACAUGCACUUUUCUAUUUUUUGCUCACAUCCAAAUGUAUAAUUUUUUGCUCAUGUAAAAACAUUGGUACGGCCAUGAUGAU